CAAGGAUGAACACCUAUCUCAGCAGAAAAUUUUUCUCAAGCUUUGCAGCCAGUCUCAAGGGGGCUUCUAGCCGCAGGCCCAGAGAAGUGAUGGCUAAGUUGUUUAAAAACUCUAAGAAAGGCUCUAUGCAGUAUAAUAAGCAAAACUCUAUCGUGUCAUAUCCAAAGAAAUUUAAGGAUGCAUGCAAAUUUGAGAUUAAACCCGAGCUCUAUGAGUCAUCUCUGGGUCAUUCUGGAGAUUAUGAGAAGCUUCAAAAGUUAGGAAGAGGCAAGUAUUCAGAAGUUUUUAGUGGGAUAAAUCUUAACACUAAUCAACGUGUGGUGAUGAAGUUCUUAAAGCCUAUUAAAUUAGAGAAAAUUAACAGGGAAAUUGCUAUUAUGAAAGCAGUCAAAGAUGCUCCCUUUGUCAAUUCUCUAGUAGAUGUCGUAUGAGACCCUGCAACCAAUUCCCCAGUACUUAUUACCGAAUUUAUGGAGGUUUCUCAUGCUAAUCUCAAAGAGCUUUAUAAAACUAUUACUCCAUUUGAAGCUAAGUAUUAUACGUAUAAAAUCUUGAAGAAUUUGGAAUAUUGCCAUUCUCGAGGAGUUUUUCAUCGAGAUAUCAAGCCACAUAAUAUUCUAGUGAAUAGCUAUACAGGCGAGUUAAAAGUCAUUGACUGGGGACUCGCUGAAUUCUAUUACCCCGGGAAGGAUUACCAUCCCAGAGUCGCAUCAAGAUUCUUCAAAGGGCCUGAGCUAGUCUGCAAUUACCCAUUCUAUCAUUACAGUUUGGACAUAUGGUCGCUCGGCUGAUUGCUAUCAGGAAUAGUUUUCAAGCGGGAGCCUUUCUUCAAAGGAAAGGACAAUGAUGACCAAUUACAGAAGAUCACAAAGGUCUUAGGAACACAAGCUCUUGACGACUACCUCUCUAGGUACAAUAUCACUUUGACUGCUGAGAUCGACAAGAUCAUUGGGAACUAUAGCAAGAAGCCAUGGGAAAAAUUUAUCAACCAGAAGAACGAGAAGUUCACUACCGAGGCUGCUCUAGGUAAUUUUCUCUGCUUAAUCUGGCCUAGAUUUGAUUUCAAAGAUGCUAGUCAUGGAUCAUAAUGAGAGGAUCUCAGUGAGCGAUGCUCUACAGCAUGAGUAUUAUGACGAGGUCAGAGAAAUGGUCGAGGAGAAAAUGAGGAAGUAGAGGAGAAGUUGGAUUA